AUGAAGAAGGCAGCUGUAUGGACUUUAAUUUGCGGUUACUGCUUAGCUGCCGAUGCUGUUGCAGCCGCUGCUGCUGCUAACACUGCAACUACCGCCACAACUGCUGCCAAUGCUGCUGCUAAUACGGCAACUGCAGCUACAACCACCGCCGUCGCAGCAGCAGCUGCUGCCGCUGACACUCUCGCAACUGGAGCUACAACUGCUAACACCGCCACCACCGGAACUGCUACCACGGGUACUGCUACAGCUGGAGCAGCGACAACCGCAACAACGGGUGCAGCAACAGGUACUGCCACAGGCACUGCUACAACAAGUGCCGCUACAGGAACUGCUACAACGGGCGUAACUACGGGUACUGCGACAACAGGAACAGCAACAGGUACCACUAAAACGGGUACCGCUACUACAGGAACGGCCACAACCCCUGCUGGCGCAGCAGCAGCAGAUACAGCUACUACCGGUACCACUACCACUUCAGCUGGUGCUGCUGCGGAUACUGUAGCAACUGGAGCAGAAACAGCUUCUACAUCGGUGAAUACAGCUACCAUGGAUGCUGCUCAACUUGCUGCUUACACUGCUACAGCACAAACAAGUCCUACCACGACUGCAACUGCAGAUGAUUCUGAUGAUAGUACCGCAGUUGAUGACACCACUAAAAGUCUUUCUUUUGUUACAACAAGAGUAUUGAGGUCAACAUCAUCGAGUGAUAAUGAGGAAUCAUCCACUGCAUCUGGUGGAGUAAGCAGCCAAUCUGGAAAUGGAGGAUCUCUUCUUGCAGUUAGUCCAGCUUUGGCAUUUUUGUUUUACUUUAGUUCAAUGAUUUUAUAG